GGGUACGCUUAGACCUCACGUUAGAUGAACUUGAACGUUCUGCUUCGCACAUUGUUCGCAGCAUCCCCAUCUCGGACGACACACGCAAACGAGCAGUUGAUGUUCCUAGUGAAUUCCUUUCUCCUCUCUAUUCGUGUUUUGGGGAGGCUCAUUUGCGGAACCGAGUCCUCAGCCAUCCCGAUGUGGGACAACGAUGGUAUCCCGAUUUGUACGCGAAGUAUUCCCAUCAGGUCUUAAAAUAGAGCGUUCGGUGGCGUUACCAUGCAUACAAUAGAGAUAAACCGUUGGUCACUACAGGUUCUUCCACGCAUUUGACCGCAUUUCACUGUAUGCCUGGCUAUUAGCACAGAGUCAUCUAGACAUGGGCCAAUGACGUCGAGACAGCCGCCAAAUCCAGGCCACGGCAGGUCAUAAGCCAUGUAAUAAUAAUAAUAAAUAGAGUCCGAUAAUGUUAUGUAGGCCAAGAUCAGACGCAGAUCCGGCAAAGGUUAAAUGAUGCAGUCUUAACCCUAUCCGUGCCACACUCCGGGCCUAGUUACUACUAAGCUUCGGCUCUCGGGGCGUAUUAAUUCACUUGAGACCUGUACACGAUCUCGGGAUUGGUUUCGGGAUUGGCUUCAAGGCCUUCCAGAACGACCCUGCUGUCGCACGUGCAGGCCUGCCGCCAGUUAAGCCGCCGAAGUUGG